GUUGCCGAGGAGCCCAGGUAGAAGAAAUAUGGAGUUUAGAACCUGAGAAUUUUGAAAAAUUAAAGCCAGUUCAUGGAUUAAUUUUUCUUUUCAAGUGGCAGCCAGGAGAAGAACCAGCAGGCUCUGUGGUUCAGGACUCCAGACUUGACACGAUAUUUUUUGCAAAGCAGGUAAUUAAUAAUGCUUGUGCUACUCAAGCCAUAGUGAGUGUGUUAUUGAACUGUACCCAUCAGGAUGUCCACUUGGGAGAAACAUUAUCAGAGUUUAAAGAAUUUUCACAAAGUUUUGAUGCAGCUAUGAAAGGUUUGGCACUGAGCAACUCGGAUGUGAUUCGACAAGUGCACAAUAGUUUUGCCAGACAGCAAAUGUUUGAAUUUGAUGCAAAGACAUCAGCAAAAGAAGAAGAUGCUUUUCACUUCGUCAGUUAUGUUCCUGUUAAUGGAAGACUGUACGAGUUAGACGGAUUAAGAGAAGGACCGAUUGAUUUAGGUGCAUGCAAUCAAGAUGAUUGGAUCAGUGCAGUGAGGCCAGUCAUAGAAAAAAGGAUACAGAAGUAUAGUGAAGGCGAAAUUCGAUUUAACUUAAUGGCCAUUGUGUCUGACAGAAAAAUGAUAUAUGAACAGAAGAUAGCAGAGUUACAAAGACAACUCGCAGAGGAGGAACCCAUGGAUACAGAUCAAGGUAAUAAUAUGUUAAGUGCUAUUCAGUCAGAAGUUGCCAAAAACCAGAUGCUUAUUGAAGAAGAAGUACAGAAAUUAAAAAGAUACAAGAUUGAAAAUAUCAGAAGGAAGCAUAAUUACCUGCCUUUCAUUAUGGAAUUGUUAAAGACUUUAGCAGAACACCAGCAGUUGAUACCACUGGUGGAAAAAGCAAAAGAAAAACAGAACGCAAAGAAAGCUCAGGAAACCAAAUGAAAAGGAUGUUUAGGGAUGUAUGCACAGUUCAGCUUCUGCACUCAUUUUCUCGGAACCUCUGACGGGUGAAGAACUGAGCAACAUCCUGACUGGCUCCGUGCACGUCUGGCUGUAGCACCUGUCUUGUCCUUAAUGCAUGGAUUCAUCAGCUUUCUCCCUGCCUGCAUCACGUGCAUGUCGUGCGUAAAUAAACGUGGUCUUAGGAGUGCUUGCCCGGAUUCCAUUAUUCCACCUCUGCCCUGAGAGCUGUUGAUUCUCUGGCUGCGUAACCUUGGUAAUGAACUUAGGAAAUGCACAACUGCUAUUCUCUGCUGUAAUCGUUCUAAUUAAACUUUUGAUCUUUUAGCCCAGUUAAAUACUUAAAUUUAUAAAUGUCAGAUCCUGAUUGAACUGUAUCUUCUGUUUCUUCUCAUCAUUAAUGGAAAAAAAAAUCAGUAUUUCUAUCUUUGAUAUCUCAGUGUUUUGAGGGUUUUAAAACUGAAUUUAAUAACCUAUACCGAUUAUUCAGGAAAGUACAAGUUAAUGCACAUCAUUUGAAAAGGACAAAAUUGCGAUUUCUAACGAUUUUCACUGCCGCCAAUAGAAAGGUAAUAAUAAAUAUCCGAAUUUUAUUUUAGCAAA